GAUGCCGGGGAACAUGAGCAAAGACGAUGCCUCGAGUCGGAGUUUGACGUUCACCAUUGACAACAUCCUCAACCUGAAGCAGCGGGACGGCGGAGAUUUGGGAAGUUUGAAAGAGCAGAAAAAUGAUUUUCAAGCGCGUUACGAGGAGGUGUGGGACGUCCGGAAGAGGCACGACGGCGGAACACAGGCGACAGUGAAGCCCAGAGUCCAUGGGGACCGCGGGGGCAACACGUCGCCGAUGCCCGCUGGCUCCUGUCCCGGGGCGCCAAGUGCGCACAACGCCGAGGACGCGCCCGAGCAGCAGCAACAACAACAACAACAACAGACCACAGCGGAAACCAAAAGCACGGUCAAAAAGAAGACUCGUACUAUCUUUUCCAAGAGACAGAUAUUUCAGCUGGAGGCGACUUUUGACAUGAAGAGAUAUCUGAGCAGCUCGGAGAGAGCGUGUCUGGCCAGCUCUCUGCAGCUCACGGAGACCCAGGUGAAGAUCUGGUUCCAGAACCGCCGCAACAAGCUCAAGAGACAGCUGUCCACGGACGUGGAGGGGCCGCUGGCCGUCGAGCACUUCUCAGAAGCAGGAAAAAAUGUGCAAUUAUCAACUUUUUACAAAGACAGCAGCUUGCUGGGCGGAUGUUUAUUACCCAUGCCUUUCCCUGUCGUGUACCCGACUGCAAACGCUGCGCCUUACAUCUACUUCUCUAAUACUGGCAAAUAUUUUGGCUUGCUUGAUGGAGACUGACAAUCUGUGUGUGGGUGGACACUCUGACAUAUAGUCACCCUCAAUGUGACGUUACAUAUGACUGACACAUAUUUUUAUUUUUAUUUUUUUAGUUAAGAAUUUUUCUUAACGUCCUACAUAUCAACUAAUCAAAGGCAUGCAUUUCUUUGUCCAUCCCCAAAUUAUUAUUAUUAUUAUUAUUAUUAUUAUUAUUAUUAUUAUUAUUAUUAUUAUUAUUAUUAUAUUUAUUAUGGCAUUUUUACUGCUUAAAGAACUUCCACCAAAAAGUUUGUUUCCAGAAAAAUGUGCAUGAAUUUCUCAGCCUCUCCUUUGCGCAGUACCGUCAUCUGGAUGAAUGUACCAUAAACGCAGCAUCAGCUUUGCUACCUUGCAAUAAUACCUCUUUGGUUUUUGGUCUCUGAAUUCUGUUUUGUGUGGAGCAACACUUCAUUUGUAUUUAUAUUAUGGCCUUAUUAUUGUUGUUAGGUUUUCACUUGACCUUUCAUGAGACUGUUAAACUGUGAGAACAGUUACAUUAAUGGCAAUGAUGACUUUUGCAAUAAAAUGUGUAAUAUUUGCGAUUUUGUUUUUAAAAGGUGUGUUGAC